CCAACCUGCCUUACUCAACUAAUAGUCAGCAAUUGGAAAUCAACAUCCUCCAAUCCACCCCUCCGUACAAAAAUAUCUAAUUCCCAUCCUUCCACCAUGCUAAUCUCACUAUGUAUAAAUUUCUGCUGAUAAGUGAUAAAUGCGACGUUUAUUAUCUAUUCGUUCGCUGUCACUCUUUACCACUGUAAGAUUGGCGUCUUUGGUAACUUCUCCUGUUUCUGGAAAUUUUUAUACUUGCGCUAUUAGAACUUUAGGUUACUCGAGAAACUGGGUUGUGGUUGUGGAUAAAAGUUUGGUUGCAGUGAAGAUAUCCAAUUUACGGUUUUCGCAGAUUCGAAUUGCAAAGAUGUCGAGUUCGGGUGUGGAUGCGAAUGCAAAUGCGAAUGAACAUGAGACGAUUGAUAGGUUAGAGGAGUCGACGAGUAAACCGGCGGAGAAUUUGGAGAAGAAAGAUGAGAAGGAAGAAACAUUGAAGGAGAUUCCAAAGGAGGAGGAAAAGGAAGAAAAGAAGGAAGAAGCUUUACCCGAAUUAAGCGCCGCAGAUUUCAAAAUCUAUAAUUCCAUGGCCGACCAUAUGGAUCUUUUCGUACGACCCCUCCCAUCCACAACUUCCCUCCAUCCCAAACUAAUCCUCACUAACAUCCUCCCAGCACAACCACUUCCGACACACCUGGACAAUCCUCCACAAAGCCACAACUAACAACCAACGACCACGCAACCUCACAAUCCGACAAUUCAUCCAAGCGGGACUUUCCUUCCUCAGCUCACUAGAAAUGCACCACGGCAUCGAAGAACAACACAUAUUCCCCGUUCUCGCGCGCAAAAUGCCCGAAUUCCGCGCUGGGAAAAAUGCUGCUGAAUUAUUGAGACAGCAUAGGGAAAUUCAUCAGGGUAUGGAUAUUAUGCAGGAAUAUCUUGAGAAAUGUAGGGACGGGGAGACGGAAUUGAAUUUGAAGGUUUUGGGGGAGAAGAUGAAUAGUUUUGGGGAGGUGUUGUGGAAACAUUUGGAUCAGGAGGUUGAGACUUUGGGGGCGGAGAAUAUGAGGAGGUAUUGGAGUAAGGAUGAGAUGAGGAGGAUGCCUAGAUGAGGAGGUGGGAGGUGAGGUAGGGAGGUGAAGGGGUAAUUUUAUGAUUGGGAAAUGGGAAAUGGAUGUUAGGAUGUGGAACUUGGUUGGGAGAGAGGGGAUUUAAAGAGUAUAGAUUUGGAUAUCCUGGAAUAGCAGACCAUAGGUUAAAGUAUAUCAUUUAAAAUGAAUACAACAGAACUAUUAAAUACCUAUUUAAAAUUUAAAG